CCCUGUAAAAAUUGUCGUCUCAUCCCCCUUUUACUAUGACGGAAAACACAAAUUACUGACGUUUUCAUUAAUUUAUAACUUAAAAACGUGUCGGUCACUGCACAAUUCGUGCCUAAUACAUUUUAAAGGAGGUUUCACAGCGAACCGCACGCAAAUGGAUUUCCUAAAGUCUUCAGCCGGUACGCUAAUUUCUUUGCUCUCGUUGCUGCUGCUGUUGAGCACCUGCUCUGGGCUGUACGAGGACCAGAUUAAAAAAUUCGACUGGAGAAGCGUGCAUGUGGGCAGUCUAAAGCAUGCUUACGUGGAUCUUAACCAUUUUCAGCCGCGUGUGCUAUUAAGUACACACGAGCAAGUGAUUGGAUCAUUAUGCCCAAAGACCGGUGAGAUUAUCUGGCGACAGGUGUUAGAGAAGAAGCCGCGAGGUGAUAUAAAGCUGCUACAGGUAAGCGGUUUCGCUGACGAUAGCAGUGACACGGCGGCUGCCCCCAUGGGCUCGCAUUUGGGCUUUGACAUGAUGACCGUGCAGGGCCACGCACCAGCGCUUGUGCGAGGCUGGAAUACGAAUAUUGGCACAAUCGAAUGGGAAUGGUCCAUAAUGCCGUUGAAUACAGAGAGGGCACAGGACGCCGUCUGGUUCUACAGUAAUUCUGUGCUGUAUCAUGUGGUGCCUGCAUGGCGUAGUCACAUUGAGGUCACCUCAUAUUUUGCGACGUCCGGACACACAACAGGCAGCACAAGCAAGAUUAUGGCUGCUUGGAUAAAUCCAGAGAGUUGUUUGCUCAGUGGCUCGUUUUAUGUUUGCCUGGAUGGCAAGCAGCUCAUCAGCUUGGAUUUAUUAGCCAAGAGCACGCAAGUGAUUGCCACAUCUCUGGGAUCCGAACCGAGCAGCAAAAUCCAGGAUUUACCGGGCUUAAAUGGUGCGUUGAUUGUAGAUAAAAAACUCGUCAGUGUUAACAAGGAUCAGGCUGUGUGUCCAGAUCUUUCAAGCGAUAGCUUUAUUGUCGGCAGCUUUAACAGGCGCAAAGUUAUUGCCUAUGCCGAUUUGAUAAAUAAUAUGCUUAAUAUUAAUGCCGUUUAUUUGGACGACUGCAGUCCCGUGCCUGAACUGCAUUUAAGUGUAGCAUUUGCUGACCACUAUGGAUCUCCUAGUCUUCGAUCAUUUGACUGUAAAUCCACUCGCAAUAGCGAUGGAAAAAAUUGUCUGUUUCUGCUUUCCACCAGCGCCGAGUCCAUUGUUGCUGUACAACAAGGACGUGUACGUUGGGCGCGUGAGGAAUCCUUGGCGAAUGUUAUUGAUACGCAGUUCCUAGACUUACCCUUAGCGGAUUCGGAAGGAACGCUGGAAAAUGAAAUGAAGGGCAAAGCAGGUGACAUUGCCACUGCUUUUAUGCGUCGCAUUACCACACAAGCGAUACAAAUUAAGAGCCUAUUCUUGCAUGUCAUUGGGCUGGGUCCUCCACCAACGGACACGCAACGUGCUGGACUUGUCCGCGAUUCCUUUGGACUGCAUAAGAUGCUGGUAUUGCUGACACGCUCAGGAAAAAUCUUUGGCAUUGACAAUAUAGCCGGCAAACAUCACUGGCAACUCUAUUUACCCAAUGUGGCGGGCUUCGAAAAUUCCGAGCAGAUGCGUCUGAUUGUGCAGCGAAGCUCCAAGCACUUCCCCUUGCAGCCUCUGUGCGCUAUUGUAGCUAAAUCUGUAGAAAAUGGCAAUGGUGUAUUGUUUCGGUUUAAUCCCAUCACAGGACAGGCUUCCGAGGGUGGGCUACUCCAACUAAACUAUAAAAUCAAGCAGUUGGCACUGCUACCCGAAACAGAGGAAGAUUAUGUUAAAGGUGUUUUAAUAUUGGAUGGCGCCAAUAAAGUUCAUGUGGAGCCUAAACAUGCGACGCCAUUGGCGCAUGGUUUGUAUUUGUACACGGCUGAUUUAAAAACUGCUGAGCUCGAGGGCUACUAUGUGAAAUAUGCGGGCGGUGAGCUGUCAGCUUUACCGAUUUGGAAUGUUCGUCUGGGCGGUCACAAUUCGGAACAACAAAUCAUAAGCGUUGCUAGCAAAAAUCCUAUUGAGCACGUGCACUCCCAGGGCCGUGUACUGGGCGAUCGUUCAGUGCUCUAUAAGUACAUUAAUCCUAACCUAGUUGCCUUCGUUACACAGGCUCCAGAUGCCACUCACAAAUCUGUGCUCAAUAUGUAUUUAAUUGAUGUUGUGUCCGGAUCAGUCAUCUUCUCGAUGACGCAUCGGAAGGUGCGCGCGCCGCUGCACAUUGUGCACUCCGAGAACUGGCUAGCCUACUCUUACUUCAACGACAAAGUGCGACGCACUGAAAUCACUACUAUUGAACUAUAUGAGGGCAGUGCGCAGGCCAACAACAGCGUUUGGAGUUCCUUGCAGGCACCGUCCAUGCCGCUCGUGGAGCGUCAGUCUUAUAUCAUACCCACAAUAGUGGAAGCCAUGCGCGAGACAAUCACCGAACGUGGCAUCACCAACAAGCAUGUCCUAAUUGGUACUGCUAGUGGUGGCAUUGUAGAAAUGCCCUGGCAUUUGCUGGAUCCACGUCGUCCAAUAUCAUCCACAACUCAGGGACGUGAAGAAGGUGCCAUUCCCUAUAUACCUGAGCUGCCUUUGCCAACUGAGAAUUACAUCAACUAUAAUCAAACAGUUGCACGUUUGCGUAAUAUCUAUACCGCUCCCAGCGGCUUGGAGAGUACCUGUCUAGUCGUAGCCACGGGCUUAGAUAUAUUUGUUACGCGUGUUGCGCCUUCAAAAACGUUUGAUUUAUUGAAGGAGGAUUUCGACUAUAUAUUAAUUUCUAUAGUACUGGUCGUGCUAACUUCGGGUUCUUUGAUCGUUAGGCAUUUAGCGUCUCGUAAGCUGCUCAAACAGGCGUGGAAAUAGAAGUGGCCCUAUUAUGAAUAUGUAAUUGCUUUAUAUAAAUUGUACUACGACCAAAAAUAAUAACAAGAAGAAAUGUGGAGUAGACGGCAGAGAACAAAUUGUAGUAGCUGCAUUUUACCUAAUAAUGCAAUUGAUAACAAUUUUUUUCUCUAAGCUUAGGCAAUUAUUUAUAAUUAAAUAUAUAUAGCGUACAAACAAGUAAUUAGCUGUUGAAAAAGUU